CUUUAUGUCCAGAUAAUUACAAACAACAACCACAACACGGGUUAUACUUUAACCAAAACACGGUCGUUUAUGACAUCCACUCACUUAAUAAUUACUCUAAUUUUCUAUUCUCUUUCUUGUUCUAAUCCAACCACCAUCACCACCACCGGGUGUGUCGCCUUUCAGGACUAGCCUGGCCUUUUUGGUUCUUCUAUUUUCGCACAAAAGCACUUUUUUCAUCUCCCUUUCACAGAAAUUUGGGAACUUGAUUAGAAUGCCGGCGUGGUGGAGUAGGAAGUGGAGCAAGAGCAAGGAGGAGCACGAGGAGGCCGACGAGGUCGAGGAGGAGGAAGUGGAAGAGACACGUGGCGGGUUUCAGUUGAGUUUCUUGAAAUCUCCGGUGGCCGUUAGGAGGGGUGACGUCGGCAAGAGUAAAAGGAACAAGAAGAAGCCCAAGAGCUUCGACGACAAGCUGAAAGGGGUUCCCUUGCCUCGUCCCACUCACAGUCACAGCGAUCAAAUUCAAACGUUUGGAUCUCUCUCGGUGUCGGGUUCCAGCGUCAGCUCAUCCACCUCCUUCGAAGAUCACCCAAUUUCGCCUCACUUUAAUGCCAACAGAGGACAAGAUGAGGUGAGGUUCAAUGUGAGGUCAAAAAGUCCUGGUCCUGGGUCAAGAGGACCUACUAGUCCUACCUCACCGCUUCAUCCAAGGUUGCAUGCUUUGAGUCUUGACUCUCCUACGGGGAGGCAAGACGAGGGAAGGAGUGAAUGUCAUCCGUUGCCACUUCCUCCUGGUUCUCCAACUAGUCCUUCUUCUGUGUUUUCCAGUUCCAUCACACGGCCAAAUGGACUGUUGGAAAAUGCUACCAGCAAUGUGUCCAAGUGGAGAAAAGGAAAGCUCCUAGGACGAGGAACAUUUGGGCACGUGUAUUUGGGAUUCAAUAGUGAAAAUGGACAGAUGUGUGCAAUAAAAGAAGUCAAGGUUGUCUCUGAUGAUCAAACAUCAAGAGAGUGCCUCAAACAACUUAACCAGGAGAUAAAUUUGCUAAAUCAGCUUUCGCACCCUAAUAUUGUUCAAUACUAUGGGAGCGAACUGGUAGAAGAAUCACUUUCUGUAUUUUUGGAAUUUGUCUCUGGUGGUUCUAUCCAGAAAUUACUUCAGGAGUAUGGUCCAUUUAAGGAGCCUGUUAUUCAAAAUUAUACCAGGCAGAUUGUCUCUGGACUUGCCUAUCUGCAUGCAAGAAAUACCGUACACAGGGAUAUCAAAGGGGCAAACAUACUAGUUGAUCCUAAUGGGGAAAUCAAAUUGGCCGACUUUGGAAUGGCUAAACAUAUAAAUUCUUCUGCCUCAAUGCUUUCAUUCAAAGGAAGUCCAUACUGGAUGGCACCUGAGGUUGUGAUGAAUACAAAUGGCUAUAGUCUUCCGGUUGAUAUAUGGAGCUUGGGAUGCACAAUUAUUGAAAUGGCAACAUCUAAACCUCCUUGGAAUCAGUAUGAAGGGGUAGCUGCCAUAUUUAAAAUUGGGAACAGCAAAGAUAUGCCUGAAAUCCCUGAGCAUCUCUCCAAUGAUGCAAAGAAUUUCAUCAAGUUAUGCUUACAAAGAGACCCAUCGGCUCGGCCGACGGCCCAAAUGUUACUAGACCAGCACCCUUUCAUUCAAGAUCAAUCAGCAACAAAAGCUGCAAAUGUCAGCAUAACCAGAGAAGCUUUCCCUUACAUGCUAGAUGGAAGCCGGACACCGCCUGUGUUAGAGUCCCAUUCGAACCGAACAAGUAUAACUUCGUUCGAUGGAGAUUAUGCAUCAAAGCCAGCUCUUGCAGCCCCACGUGCAUCAAGAAGUCCAAGAGAUAACACAAGAAUGAUCAUAUCUUUACCGGUAUCUCCCUCUUCAAGUCCAUUGCGACGGUAUGGGCCAACGCACCAGAGCUGUUACUUUUCUCCUCCUCAUCCAGCUUACACAACAAUGGGACAAAGUAGUUACACUUUGAAUGACGCAUGCUCGUAUCCCAUAAGGUCAAAUGCACCGUUGACUCUUGAUCCUUGGCAUGAAACAUCUCGGUUCAAAGCCAAUACACCACCUGGUGGAUCUCCAAGAAUGAGACUCAUUUAAGUUGAAAUUGUAAAUAGCUAUAGGGCUAAUAUAUGUCUCCCCUGUGGGUCUGUGGAUGAACUUGAACGUGGACUCUGAAGCACAAACUAUCCAAAAGAUUCUGGUCCAUUCUUUAUACAUUAAAACCAGAUGACAGAAAAAAUGAUUCUGGCCGUAAGCUCUUGGUGCAUUGGAUUGGGCUGGGGAGACAUUGCUGCUUGUAACGAUUUCUUCAUUAUUGUAAAUCCGAUGUCUUAUUGUAUUUGUAGUAACUUUAUGUUGUACAAUGCUAGUUUAUGGCAGAAUAAAUAAA